AUGGCCAUUCAAUAUCUCAUUCUCCUAUCCCGUCAGGGCAAAGUGCGUCUCGCCAAAUGGUUCACAACACUAUCCCCCAAGGAUAAGGCCAAGAUCGUCAAGGAUGUAUCUCAGCUUGUGCUCGCUCGAAGAACGCGCAUGUGCAACUUUCUAGAAUAUAAGGAUACAAAGAUUGUCUAUCGUCGAUAUGCAUCACUCUUCUUCAUCGCCGGAUGCUCCUCCGAAGAUAACGAGCUGAUCACCCUCGAAAUUAUCCACCGAUAUGUCGAGCAGAUGGACAAGUACUACGGCAACGUUUGCGAGCUCGACAUCAUCUUCUCUUUCACCAAGGCGUACUAUAUUCUCGACGAAAUCCUCCUCGCCGGCGAGCUGCAGGAAACGAGCAAAAAGAAUGUUCUUCGCUGCAUCGGCCAGCAGGACUCCCUUGAAGAUAUGGAGGUAAGUCAUGACCAGCUUGAUAAACUAUGA